CUUGCUUAGCCGAGUCCGAGCGUGUUUUGCUUAGUUUUCAGGCCGGUAGGAACCCAGACCACGACGUGGGUGGGAAUAACCAGGCCAAUUAUCUUGACGAAUUGCAAGAUGGGGCUUCGCAACGGUACGCGCACGCCCUCGGACCACUAGCAAAAAGCAAAGUACAACCUGGGCGGGAUGCGACGGCCAGCAGAAAAUUUCUCGUGGAUGACGCUGGAAAGGCCAAAAUGCAUCAGCCUGCAUCUUCUCCGAGCGCCAGUUCUCUCGUCGAGCCCAGGGUGCUCACGGAGGACGCAUUUCUGGAAUACUGCCGCCGUAUCUUAACGCUCCCGAAAUACCUGGAAAGAGUUUCUGGAAGCCGGGCAAAGCAUGCAGACGAUGCGUAUUUUGAG